GAAGAAGGUGAGACAAUGACCAGGCCAGUGGUUCCACAGUUAGCUCCUCCAAAAAUCCCCGAGGGAGAGAGAGUGGAUUUUGAUGACAUCCACCGCAAGCGUAUGGAGAAAGACCUCCUGGAACUGCAAACUCUCAUUGAUGUACACUUUGAGCAGAGGAAAAAAGAAGAGGAAGAGCUUGUGGGCCUCAUGUCAAGGAUUGAACAUCGCAGGGCAGAACGUGCCGAACAACAGCGAGUCCGCACGGAGAAAGAACGGGAGCGACAGGCCAAGCUUGCUGAAGAAAAGAUGAGGAAAGAAGAAGAGGAGGCCAAGAAAAGAGCUGAAGAUGAUGCCAAGAAGAAAAAAGUGCUGUCCAACAUGGGAGCUCACUUUGGUGGAUACCUGAUCAAGGCAGAGCAAAAACGUGGCAAGCGGCAGACCGGCCGAGAAAUGAAAAUCCGGAUCUUAGCAGAGCGACGAAAACCUUUGAGCAUAGACAAUUUAGGCGAGCAACAGCUGAGGGAAAAGGCCAAAGAGCUCCAUGAUUGGAUCCAUCAACUAGAAUCUGAGAAGUUUGAUCUGAUGGAGAAACUCAGGCGUCAAAAAUAUGAGAUCAAUGUUCUGUACAAUCGCAUCAGCCACGCCCAGAAGUUCAAAAAGGGUGCUGGAAAAACCAGGCUUGGUGGUCGCUGGAAGUAA